AUGCUCGUCGUCGGCCCGCCCGGCGGGGACGACGCCGUCGUCCACCUCACCUCCUCCUUCGACAGGACCGCCGUCCCUUUUGGGGUCACGGCGCUGCUCCUCUUCGACCGGCCGAUCCCCGAGCCGGCGGAGACCAUCAGGGCGGCACUCUCAGAGGCGCUCGCGCACUACCGGCCCGUCGCCGGCCGCCUCGCAGCCGAGGGCGACGGCGACGGCGAGCUCCUGCGCAUCGAGGGUGCGGCAGGUGUGCUGUUCGUCGCCGCGUCUGCGGGCUACGCGCUGGCUGACAUGACGACGCCGCUGCUCGCCGGCCUCGUCGCGCGGUACCCUAGCGGGGUCUGCCGCCACGCCGACCCGCUGCUGCUGUUGCAGGUCACCGAGUUCGCCUGCGGGGGGUUCGCCGUCACGGCGACGUGGAACCACGUGCUGACCGAUGGAGAGGGCAUGGCGCAGGUCCUCGGUGCCGUCGGCGAGCUCGCGCGUGGGGCGUCGCCGGCGCCGUCCGUCGUGCCGCUCCGCGCCGACGACGGCUCGCUCCCGCGCCUCCCGCAUUCGAUGGUGGCCGCGCAGAAGCGGGCGCUCAGCUGUGUGUUCAGCAGGGACUUGGCGCUCCUCGACGUCACCGUCCCCGCCGGCCUGAUCGGCCGCGUCAGAGCCGAGUUCGACGCGGCCGGGCUCGGCGACCCGUGCACGGUGUUCGAGGCCGUCGCAGCUGUGCUGUGGCAGUGCCGGAUCCGCGCGGCCGUCGUCUCGGCCUCCGACGAGGCCCCCGUGGCACUGUCGUUCUCGGCCAACGUGCGCCGGCUUGUGGGCGCCAGGCCCGGGUACUACGGCAACUGCAUGGUGGUGCAGUCGAUGACGGCGACGCGCGGCGCGGUGGCGCACGGCACCGCCGCGGACGUGGCGAGGAUGAUCCGGCGCGCGAAGGAGAGGGUGCCCGACCUGCUCGCUCCCGGCGCCGGAGCGGGCACCACAACGGAGCACGGGGUGGCGGUACUGUACGACACGCUGGUGGUGUCGAGCUGGAGGAACCUAGGGUUCGAGGCGGUGGAUUUCGGGGGCGGGAGGCCGGCGCGGGUGACGUGGCAAGUGGAGGAGACGGUGGUGCCGUGCUGCGUCGUGUGCCCGCCGGGCAAGGGCGGCGACCAGGACGGGGUCAGCGUCAUGUCGGCCUGCGUCAGGCCGGAGCACGCCGACGCCUUCCUGGCAGAGCUCACCGCAUUAACAGACCUAUAA